AUGUUUAAAUUAAUAUAUUCCCAAAGAUAUGUUUUUCAAAAUAAAAGAAUGUUCCCGCUUACAUAUACUUGUAUGCGACAUAAAACACAAGAGAAAAAGAAGGAAGAAAAAUAUAAAAUAUUUAAUGUCAAAGAAUAUUGGUUUAAUAAAUACAUGAAUUAUAUUAAAAAUUAUGAAAACGUUUUGGAAAAAAAUUUUCCACGUACAAUACAUGUGUAUCGCAUAUUUAGUGUUGGUACCAAAGAUUUUAUUCAAGAAGCAAUAAAAUGGCUUAUGAUAUUGAAAAAAGAAAAAAUUGAUGGCAUUGAUACAUUAACUACAGAUGAGCUACGAAUAUUGCAUACAAUGCGUAAAGAUAUAAUAAAAUUAUGUCCUGUUUUAUUAAUAUCUGCUAUUCCUUUUACAAAUUAUAUUAUCUUUCCUUUAGCAUAUCAUUUUCCAAGAUAUUUUCUAACUUCUCAUUAUUGGACUUUACAACAAAAACUUGAUUUUAUGUUAUUGGAACAUAAAAAACGAUUAAAACAUAACAGACCACUGUUCAGGUGCAUGCAAGCAGAGUUUCAUAAUAUUAAAAAUCGCACAUUGAGAUUAAAAUGGAGUGGUAUUAUUGCAUGUCUUGGCAGUGGUACUCACCCUGAUGUAAAUGAUAUUAUUGCUUGUUCUGCAUUAUUUGCUGAUAAACCAUAUUCAUUACAUAGUCUUAAACGGAGACACACAAUAGAAUUACUUGGUAUACAUAAUAUAUCUUAUUGGAAACUUUUUAAAAAAUUGAGUUUAUUAGAAAGAGGUAUGUUAAUAAAAAAAAUGGAUGAAAGCAUACAAAAAGAAGGUGGAACUAUAGCAAUGUCAAAUGAUGCAAUACGUUGGGCACUUUCAUUUAGAGGUCUGAAUCCAGCAAAUAUGUCCAUAGAAUGUAUGAGGAAUUGGCUUGAAAAAUGGUUAACAGUAUCAAAUAUAGUUGAGGAUGAAACACUUUCACUAUUAUUACAUUGUCCAAUAUUAUUAGCAUACAAUCAUCCUACAAAUUGGAUCCUUGUAUACAAAUAA